UGAGUCGUGACAGUGCACUGGUAACAGGCGUGCCUGCAAGGUAGGGCUUGCUUCCGGGCGAUCCUCUCUCGAGCCGAUGCAAUUGUCUCUGACUACCCUCAACCUCGUCUCACUUGUCUCCUAGAGGACAGACAUGAUUCUGCUCAGUCUAGGAGCACGCGUUCAUCUGCCAUGAAGCGCGCCAGGAGUCCGCAUGCGCCCACGAAGACCGUCACCAUGGCUGCGGACGUCCGCAGGGACAGUGUGCCAGCACGCACAUUCAAAGACAUGCCCUCGCUGAAACAAAUGCCUCCGGCGAUGGCAUAUACGUCGCCUGCAACGAGUACAAUUCCCCUGAACGAAGAUGGAGGACGCCGACCUGCGACAACGCUCCCGCUGAACCUCAUCGCACACAUCAUGUCGUACCUCGACGACGUAGGGGAUAUGGCGCGGAUCGCGCGGACAAGUAGGCUCAUGUACUACAUGUGCUUACCGCAACUAUACCAACGUGUGAAUCUCCACUCGUACGGAGAAAUGAGAUAUGUCAAUGGGAGGCCGGAAGGAUUUGGCGCUGGGAGCCCAUUCAUGAUGGCAUUGAAUGGCUUGUGCACCAAAGGUCAUGCCACACUGGUUCAAGAGCUGAAAGUUUGGGGCAAAUGGCAAGAGUUGGGCAUCGAUGACUUCGCCAAAGGCAGGGUGCCUGACACCUCGAUGAUGCUGAACAUAAUUCUUCGAGCCGCGACAGACAAAAUGACCAAGCUCAAGUCGUUCUCCUGGGAGCUUGAUUGCAAACCUUUGAAGACUUUGUAUCAAGGCCUCGGAACUCAUAACACUCUCACCACUCUGACCUUGCGAUUUCCUACGAUACGAGUCCCGCGGCCAUCGGUGAUAAUCCCGCCCAUGCCCAACUUGCGCGCCUUUCAAUUACUGGACUACGACCCUUUAUGCUACCCGGACGAUCUCAGCAUGCUCUUCCUAGGAUCGAAGAAGCUCGAAGACGUGCGCCUGCACUUCUCUCCACGCAUGCGCGCAGAGGCAGAAAACACGAUGAGUCUGGGCGCCUUUUUCGGUCGAUGCUACAAGGCAGACUACAAGCUUCAGGUGAAGCAUUUCGCCCUACAGAAUUGGUUUGGCCAGAAUGUGCUCAGCUUUGACCAAAUAUUUGAUGACCAAACCUGCACCAGUGCCACCUUCAUCGAUACGUUUGGCGGAAACGACCCUCGCACAAUAUUUGUCGACGAAACGUGGAACGCCGUUCCGCAUGAUCUUGAUGUGCCUUUCGACCGGAUACGAGUCAACGAGAUUUCGCCACGUCAUGUCGAAAUAAUGCGCAAACAGAGUAAGAACAUGAAAGCAUUGUACCUGAUCAGCAACGCAAAGCGCCAGAAGACAGGUUACACUCCAGCGUCGAACGCAAGUAACGGUGAACCACCCACACCCAAUGGCGACGCGGCGCAUUCCCCAUACGACCCGAACAAGGACCCAGAAUGGAUUUCGCUUGGGAAAGAAUACAUUCAUACGAUAGGGGAUCACCACGGGAGCACCCUCAAGCACUUACUUCUGAGCGACGUGUGGGCAGUACCACGAGAGGAUCUGGCCUAUCUCGUGCGCACAUGCACCCAGCUCGAACAACUUGGCCUCGCACUUGACGACGUCCAACACGAAUCCAUUCGCCUCCUCUGCCCAUUCUUACCAAACCUGAAAUGUCUCCGCAUUCUGGAGAACGAGCAGCUUCGACAGCACUUUGCUCUGUACACGCACGAGCAACGCAUGUACCAAAUGGCCAAUGAACUCGCGACGCGUGGGCCAUUGCACCUCGAGUUUAUCUGUCUGGCCGAUUGUUGUUACAAGAUUGGAGGAUUAAUUGAGGUCCCGCAAGAGAACGGCACUAUCGAAAUACAGCGCCAAAUCACCAUGGUUGAUAAGGGCGAGGCCGUGAAAUUCGAAAUCUGGCAUCUGGAUACGCUCGACAUCAGCGUGGAUCCCAUUGCGCCGUUUACGAAGUGAACACUCUCUCACUGUACUGCUGUAUCUCGAUACGAAGUCUCCGACACGCGUUGGAGGGAACCUCAUUCGAGCACAGGAUUCUGCUCCGUGUCUGGGAACAGCUUGGACCACUUGCUGUGGAGCACUCUGCCGUCUUUGAUUACGGCCAACAAAUGCUUUUGCGGCCGCGCCAAGACCUCGAUGUCUUCAAGUGGAUUGGCGUUCAGGAUUAUCAGAUCCGCGAUGGUCCCCUCCUUGAUGCGCCCGAGCUUAUCCUCUUGCCGGAGCAUUCGGGCAGCAUUGACAGUCGCGGAUUGCAGGAUCUUGAGAUUCGACAAGCCAGCUUGCUUCCGUAAAGAGAAUUCACUGGCUUGCAUAACUUCGAGCGGCCCUAGCAGAUCAGUGCCGUAGCACAUGGUCACCCCGGCCUUGUCUGCUAUCUGGACGCUCCGCAGACCAGCUUCCAGGACUUGGAGAUUCUUGGCGGCUAUUGAAGGGGGAAGGAAGUUGCCGAACUCUUUGCUCGCCAUGGUUUGGUACGUGAUCUGUGAGGGUCAGCAUUAUUUUGUGCACCAAGGAUGUGGUCAGAGUAUGCUUACGAGC